AUGUGUGAUUCAGUUGAUGGGAGUACUUGUACAAGUACUAUUCCCGUGAUUUCAUAUGUGCGAUUAAUUCCUGAGAGAAAGCUAUUUUAUCGAUUAAAACUGAAUAAAAGUUCGCAGAUCUUCCAUCAUCAUCACUCUGCCGCUUUCACGUUCGGCGUCUUACCGUUAUUUCUCGGUACCGUGGUUGACUAUUACGCCUUAUAUAACCAAAAAGCAUGCCUCAGUAUAUCUUCUCGUGCUGCAACUUAUUUAUUUUCUUCCUUUCCAUUCACUGGUCUUUGUUUUUGUGUUUUUUUUGCUUUGUAUAGCAAUUUUGAAAAAGCUACGGAGACUCAUUGCUGCAUUCGAAAUGUUCUUCCAUCGAUAUCAGUCGCUACUGGUGAUUUCUAUUUGGGGCAUUUAAUAUGGAGGAUUCUAAUUUUCACUCAUCUUAUACCGCGAGUUGUAGCAGCAUUUGCGUAUGCACAGUUAUUCAGGAUCCCGUUAAAAAGUGUUGUACAAAGUACUUUCCGUUAUCUCACUUGUUUCUUUAACAUAUUAGAAUUAUUUUGCUUAGCAAUAGUUAGCGCUAUCUCAUCCAGAGAUAAUCAUUUUCGACAUGUUAUCGCUUUCUCCAUCUUUCAGAUAGCAGGAAUCAUUCAUGGUGCGUUACACAUUGUAAUGUAUCGAGUAACGUGCAUCUGUGAUUAUAGUAUUCAUACUAGAAAUCUUACAGGUUAA